CUAUUUCGCCCAGACCGGCGUUAAAUCUAAUAACCCUCAAAUAAUGUAACUCCAACAGUGUGAAUAUUUCAAUCAGAAAGCAAAUUUCCAUUCAGCAAGUGAAUGAGCAUACCCAGAGGACAACGAGUCGUACCGGACCCGAACAGUCGCACCUCUGACCCAGUUGAGGCACAAGGGCUGGGCAUGUGGCAGUGGAUUUGAAACUACUUGGUGUGGCGGGCAGUGUUCGCCUGUCCUAAACAGACUGGGCUCUCGUGUACAAACUUGCUAAAUGGUGGAUACAAAGUGGAUAUUUCAUACCCGGUUAAUUCAUUUCGAUUUUAAGGAUAGAGACUUACGUGUUUACCACAAUUACCAGCGAGUACUCCAAACAGCAAUGAAUUAAAAGGAGUUACUGUCUGUUUUGCAAUCUCUCUGCACCAUCCACUUGGAGAUGCUCUGCUGUUAUCUCCCACGACUAGGAAGGAUCACGCUCAACGUUGAGGCUGCAGUUUCCAUAAAUCGGACUCGGCCGCUUGGCACUUGAGGAGGAGCGGCCGAGGGAGCGCGAGCAGUGCCGCCGCAGAGCCCGUGAGAGGUCAUGGACCCCGCCGCGUGAGCGCCGGGUGACGGGGAGGGGGGCGUGUCCAUACUCUUAACCUCGCAACUCGCGCUAAUGGCCACUGACCGCUGGUGUCUCAACUGCCUGAAGACUUGUGGUGUCCGCAAACAUACUCUGAACGACGGGAUGUUGACUCGGUAAAGAAGAAAGAUCUCGGACAAGAUAAGUUCCUGUGAUAGGAAGUCCGCGCUCCUGUUUACAUUAGCAGUUAGGACCGGCAAUUAACGCGAUUGCUGCAGAUGGUCCCGUCUGUUCGAGGCUCGAUUGCAUAAGGAGAACCCAGUGAGGACCAUGGCGGGCUUCAGGAUGCUUUUGAGGUCCAGCUCGGUCGAGGAUGCUGGUCAGGAUACCCCGAUCCUCAGGGGCCCGCAGCCAGAUUCACGCUUCAUAACGCUGCUGGAGGCACUGAAGAAAAGAGAUUUAGCGAACGUGAAGACCCUUCUUGCGCGCGGGCUUUCCCCCAACCACAGGGAGCCUGCACGAGGCAACCGCACGCCGCUCAUCUACGCCGUCAAGCAUGACUUCACUGAAGCCGUCUUGGAGCUCGUGGCCGCGGGCGCGAAUGUGAACCUCGCCGACGCUGCGGGCAUCACGCCGCUACAUAUGGCCUCGGGUGGAGGCCACAUAUCCACUCUCAGGAUACUGAUAGCACGAGGAGCGCCUCCAGACCCACUCGACAACCAUGCUCGCACGCCCCUCCACUACGCCGCCCGUGCUGCCAAUCCUGGUCCAGGAGGAAGCAACUUUGUGAGUGUGGUUGAAAUGCUUCUGAGUGCAGGAGCGCUGCUCGGGCGUCGGGAUGCAGACGGGCGCCUCGCCUUGCACAAUGCUGCGACUGCUGGAAGCUCCAAGCUCAUCAAAAUCUUGGUGCGUGGGCGAGGGAGCUCCACCAUCAACUUCAAGGACAAGGAAGGACGGACUCCAUUGCACUGUGCGGUGCUGGGGGCGCGCUCGUUAGAGGCGGUGACCUCACUCCUGGACUUUGGAGCGGCCAUCAACUCACAGGAUCGACAUGGCGACACAGCCCUGCACAUGACGGCUGGGCGGCCCUACAACCACGUGGACGACGAGUUCGACGGGAUGUGUUUGGAGCAGCUCCUGUCACACGGAGCUUCGGUGGCGGCAAAGAACAACGAAGGACUGAAUGCCCUUUCCCUUGCUCUUAGACGGACCAUGUGGUGGGGACGACCCACCGCCAGAGACUAUGUGUUGCAUGCCGUGCAGCAGCUUGUGGCCAAGGGAGCCUGCAUUCAAGACGGCUUUGCAAUGUGGCGCAUGGUAGAGAGUUUCCCGUCGCUCGUGCCCAUUGCCCUCAAUAGGUCCUUUCGAGCGAACACCUCCGCUCGAGAUUCACCCCUCCUUCAGUUAGACCUCGAUUUCGGCCCGUUGACGGUCGACUGCCAGCAGCUGUGUGAGAUCCAGCGGCAGAGACCACUCAACCCACAAGCAGAACUGCCCCUCCCGCCGCCCCUUCUUCGAGACUCCGAAGUGUCAAUGCUCCACUACAUCAUGUGGGCAGGACGAAAGAGCCUUCUGAAGCACCCACUCUGCCAUGCCUUCCUUCACCUAAAGUGGUUUAAAGUGCGUAAAUACUUCCUGGCCAAUGUUUUCUUCUACUUUUUCUUUGUUCUCAGUCUUACUGCUUUUCUCCUUUCCUCCCACAACUGCUCAAACGAUCCAGAGACGUCUGGAAAUGUGACUUCAUUGAACGACUCCCUGUCAAACUCAAGUUCCGACGCUGAUCGCAACUACAGUUUCAGCUUCGAUUACCUAAAGGAAGAAGGACCGCUGAGAUGUGGUUGGUCAGGUGAACACGUGGUGGGACUCACGUGGUGGUGUCUAGUCAUAUUUAGUGCCUUGUUAGACUUGCGCGAGAUCGUCCAGAUCUUGCAAAAUCCUUUCAUUUACAUUCGCAAUCUUGGCAACGUGAUUGAUGCCACGCUGGUUGUGUGUGUGCCACAGAUCCUGGUUAGUAGUCUGGAAAACAAAGAAUGCUGUCUGGCAGAGUGGCAGCAGAGUGUCGGCGCCAUAUCCAUUAUCCUGGCCUGGGUCCGACUGAUGUUGUUUACUGGACAGUUCCCCAGUUGCGGCGUCUAUAUCGUCAUGUUCUCCACUGUGGCCAAGAAUGUGCUCAGGUUUCUACUUAUGUAUGUGCCAGUCCUUGUAGCCUUUGCUUUAGGAUUCCAUGUACUGCUUCGCUCAAGCACCACCUUCCAAGACUUGGGCACAUCCCUUGUUACUGCGCUGGUAAUGAUGACAGGAGAGCUCGAUUACGAGUCGACUUUCCUCACGCCGCAGCCACCCUUGCCGUCCGAGUCGCAGGUGCUCUCAAUCUGCAUUCUGGUGGUGUUCAUUGUCCUGGUCUUCAUUAUACUCUCCAAUCUCCUUGUGGGUCUGGCUGUGAGCGACAUGUACGCCAUUAAACAAAGAUCAGAAGUGUUGCGUCUCACUAGGCAUGUGGAACUGAUGUUGCAGGUUGAGAACCUCUUCAGAAACAGCCUAAUUCCCCGCAGACUUCAGAAGUGUCUCCUGAGUAGUAUUAGCCUCACUUCUGGUCUUUCAUCAGAUGUCACGGUGUCUGUAUACCCCAACAGAACACAUGGCUUUGCAGAUACUAUAUUCCUGUUGCUUAUCAGAAUAGUCAGAGCAAGGAAGCUCCUCACCAAAAUCUUCGAGAUUUUUGUAUCGGGAUUCAUAGCCCCUGAGUAUGAGCCCUCACUCCCCUCCCAGCUCAUGGGCGAAGCGGUUAACAUGGCACUUAGAGAACAUGAGCUGGACAAGCGAGAAGAGAGACUCCAUCUCCGAGCAUUGCAAAUAGGACAAAACAAACAGGCAGGGUCUUCCCAGCAAUCUAACUCCCAAGUUCCAGUUACCCUGAGGUCAUCAAUCAUUAGGCCCUCUUGUGUAGAGAGAGCAUCCUGGAGAUGGACUCUGGCAAGUGAUACAGAUGUUGAAGAAGAUGGAGACCUCUUCCAUCCUCCUUUGCAGCAACAGACAUCAACUUGGAGCACGCGGCAUCCCUCCAAUUCAGGAGCCCAGCGGAAUGUUUUACCUGACUCUCACGCUCGUCUUGAAGAACUAAGGAAACUAGUUAUUAAUCUUCAGGCGGCUGUUGAAACAUUGUCCACAACGGUGCAACAAAACCAAAGUACAUACAGAACUACAGCAACUGUGCUUGGAGCACAUUCUCUCAAUGAUGUUACUGUAUAAAUUAUGCACUUAUUAUACAUCCAUUACCUUGCAUACUAACAUUUUACAAAGGUUUCUUUUAAAUUGCAAAAAUUAUUUAUUAUAUUUGUGUUAGUCACAUGCAUGUGGUAAAUAUAUUACAUGUGACUGACAAUUUCAUAGAAAUCAAAACAUUUGUGUAUAUGUACAUGUUAUUUUUUUUAUUUUCAAUACAGUUUAAUGUAAAUGUUCAGUUAUUUCUAAAGAAAACAUUAUUCAGUACUUCAUUGCUGAAUUUCAGAUAUUGUACUGUUAUAAUUAUAUAUAGUUGGAAUGGGGAAACUCAAAUCAACAGCUAAAUGUAAAUCUAAUACCCGCCUAGCUUCAUGAAUAUAUUAAUAUAAUGCUGAGGAGUUUGCUUCUUGCAAAUUACUGUUUACAAGCAUUGCAAUGAUGAGUAAUUGUCAAGUGGCAUUGUGGCCUUAGUUUUCCUGUCACUAAUAAACAGAGUAUCUGUAUAUUACAGUAUACCAGAUAUUUAUGUAAACUCUAGGAGUAUGAUAUGAAGGUGUGUAAUAUCUAUAUAUGUAUGUAUUGAGUGUAUAUAAGCAAUAAUGCUGCAAGAUUAGUUGUAUAUAUAAAAAUGGUGGUCAAUGCAUUUGUGUAUAUAAAUAAUUACUUAGGUUUUAAAAUGAACUUAUCAUACAGUUGUAGUAUAUAUGGCUGGUUGUACUUACCUGUGAUUUUCAGAUAUAAUGAAAAUAAAUGUUAAAAUGCAAUAGAACUAUUGACUCAUUUUGGAGGAUUUUUUUUUUGACAAGUGAGGUUAACCUUUGCAUUUUAGAAAAUAAGUAUAUAUUUUUUGAGUAUGCUGUUGCAUUAUCUAUGAUACAAAGUGACUAAAAUGUUACCUUAAACUUUAUCUUUAUACAUAGAAAUUUAGUUAACUAGAAGUAAAAACAUCCAUCUAUAGCUAAAAGUUUGAGAAGCUUGAAAACAAAAAAGUGUUGCCCUAUGUUCUCAAAAUAUAAACAGAAUUGAACACAAGUUGGAUAAUGCUUAUAAGUCUUUGCGUCUUGUAAAUUCUAAACAAAAGUUAUUGGAGUUUCUAAAACCUAAUCAUAUGGUUAGUAUGAGAAACUUUGAUUCCUUUUGUUAAUGUCAGCUAUUCUUAUGCAUCAAUUGCAACCCAAGUGAUUUGUUUCAUGUAUGUUUGUUUUUGUGUGUGUACUUUAAGACUAACUUUCAUUAGCUUCUUCUCUGGCCCAAUUAUUUUUUGUUGUACUUUUCUAUAUUACACACUUAUUAGGACUAAUGCCAUCCUUCACAAAACUACCAUAUCUGUACCUGGCUUAUUUUUAAGACCCAUUUUAUUUUUGUGUAAUUGUGUAUACCAGUGUAAUUUGUGAUAAAUCUAACAUUAUAAUCAGUAUUUUUACUAUGAUCAAUAUUUUAUUAUAUCAUCAUCCAUAUGUACUCCAACUAUGAAGAUGGUAUUAUUUCAUCAGUUCUUGUUAUCUCCUUUGUCAUUACACUUUUAUUACCCCCAUUAUCAAAUAUAUUUAUCUUCACUUUUUGUAUAUACAUAAUUUACUCUGCAAAUUUUGUUAUGUGGAAGAUUAAUCAUGGAAUGUUUCCAAGCUUUCUCUUCUGAGUAAUACAGUUUAAAUUGUAAUGUUGUCAUGGUGCUAUAAUUUGUAGUCAAACUGAUGUGUAUACUUUAUACUGAUUAUUUUAUGGAACUGUUUUAAGAUGUAUGUCUGUAUAGUUUUAUAUAUAAUACACAAUUUCUAUUCCUUAAAAAAUACCAUUGCCUUUAGAUUUAAUUUCCUAUAAGAAUAUCAGAAGUCAUUAAAAGAAAGAGAAGUUGCAAUAAAUAUAUAUUAAUGGGGGUUAAAAGGAAGGGCAAAAAUUCAUUCUUACAGUGUAUUUACUUGGAAAUACAAAUAUGGUCAUUAGUCUUCAAAAAUCUCUUUGCAUAUGACUCUUAAGAAAUUCUAGAAUAUGCUAUCUACCCCUUAUUGGGAAAAGAAAAUAAGACAAGAAAAAACAAUAUGAACAUGCAGUGUAAAAUAUAUUCUAUUCUGAAGUACAUAUCAAAUAGCUAUAA